AUGUCCCUCCCCAACAACCCAUUUGCUCCCAUCCGGUUCCACCCGAAUCACUUAUUCCGUAGACUCAGUCAAGAUACCUUCAGCAGCGGCGACAGCCCGGAGAAUCGCAUGAACGAUUUAGGUGAAAAUAAGGUAGAUCUCCCGUCUGAGGACGAGAUCUUCGGGAACUGCAACAGCGGCGCAACGGGAACAGGUGGAGGACCAGCGUCAAGUUCAACGGCAACUGCUUCCAGGUAUAGAGAUGAAAAAGGUGAUCUUCCCGCGUGUUCUUAUCCCUAAGAAAAGUCGCGCCAUACCGUCGCGAUUCGUGGGCUUUUUUUAUUCUAGGCAAGGCCUGGCGUGUCUGAGGCUAACAAAAGCGCCACCGCCCAGGGCUAUCCAAAGCCUUCGCCGCGCAUCAUCCAGAGGGUCGCGCUUUCGUGCUUAGCGCAGCCCCAGCUCAUGCGCCAGGGAACGCUCUGCACACUGACAGAAUAACCGCCGGCCACUGCGUCCAAGUUCGCGCGCCCGGGCGCGAGCUGAUGCCCCACCCAAAGAGCCCCCCCAAGCCGGGGCUACGCCGGCGGUCGCACCGGGCCGCGGCAGUGUGCGCGCCCACUCGUCUCUCUUUGUGUCAGGCAGCAGAUGAUGGCCCCUCCGGUGUUGUCUUUGGUGCCUGCGCCGUGCCGUCGGUCCUAAAUUAGGACCGGUGGGGCGCUGGCUCCAUAAAAUGAUAUGUAUAUGGCUAUGGGACCACGUCCACGAAGCAAAGAUGGUGCUUCAGCUGCGCACGUUCCCGCUCGUGCAUAGAUAAGAACACUACUGCAGCGACCUGCUGUGGUGUUUUGGGAUGAAGCAGAGUUGUAGCUUCGGCUCCAAAUGUUCCCGUUCUCGUUUUCUGUUGUUCUUAUCCUCCAACUCCGUGCAUAGAUAAAGAAGUUCUCAUCUAUGCACGGAGAUGAUUGGACGAUCAGAAUUGAAGCUUCUCCUCCAGAUGUUCCCGUUCUCUCAAAAGUGCUGUUCUUAUCCCUCCUGUUCGUGCAUAGAUAAGAACACCACUUUUAGGUCGUUACAAACAUGUUCUUAUCUAUGCACCAUUUGGAGGAUAAGAACAGCAUUUUUGCGAGAACGGGAACCUCUGGCGCAGAAGAUGUCAUUCUGCUUCGUGCCAGCCACCAAUUUCAGGUCGUUACAAACGUGUUCUUAUCUAUGCACGGCGUGGAGGAUAAGAGCAGCAGUGUUCGAGAACGGGAACAUUUGGCGCAGAAGCUCCAACUCUGCUUCAUGCCAAAACAUCAAUGCCAGGGCGUUGCAGUAGGUGUUCUUAUCUAUCCCUCCGAAGCGUUCAAACGAGUACCAGGCGGGAAGCUUUCAAGGUCUUCUGCCAGUGCGUCCACCAUCGCCGCGAAAGCGGUGCCAACGGUGAGUGAGUGGGGCGGUGGGUGGGAGAUUGGGUUGCGCUUGAAGAGUUCCAAGGGGUCACGAGGGGCCUGCGCACCAAGUCCGCACGAGCCGGCUUGCGGCCUUUUUUGGGUUGCGAGUACGUAGGGCCCGGGGCCGCGGAAAAGAUGCUCGCCUGCGCCGGAUGGCUGUGUUGUGAGUGCCCGUUGGGCGCGUCGAUCUGCGCAGUGGGGGGGCCUCAUUAGUCUAGGUCUAGGCUCGCCGGGGUGCUGAAAUGCCUGCUGGUUCCUCUAGAACGACGCCUGGGCCGCGUGCAAAAACCCACCAGGGGAGGCAACAGCACUUCUACGCAGGCGCGACCAUAAAAACUGCAGCGCCUGCGUUGGCGCAAAAAAAAAGGCAAAUCCCGACGGUAUGCUGCGAAUUUGUUUAGGGAUAAGAACAGUGCUGAAGAUCACCUAUUUCGUCUCUAUACCAGGGAAGGUCGUGGAUCUUCACAUCUGCUGGACACCAACAACAACUCUGCCGCGCGCCGAGGGUCCUCGGAUUUUUCGAAGGAUAAAAGUACUCCAAACAUGAUCAAGCUCCCACAGCAAGAACAACAGCCCAAAGUGCUCGUCAGCGGCUUACUUGGGGGGAUGUUGCAGGCCCAGCAACAGGAAGAGGAACAACAACAGCAGCACCGAGGACAAACAAAUGAACGAAAACCUGCUGGAGGAGGGGGAGAUCAAUGGCGUGGCUCUGAUGUAGUGCCGGAAAGAGCGACUACGUCAACCGGAAGCACACUCUCAUCUUCCCACAGGAGUAGUGAUCAACAGCAACAAGAAGAAGAUGGAUUUACGUUCGAGAGGACCUCUUCUGCGGAAUCGCAAGGAUUUGGACCGCAAUCACGGCAUGAUCAUCCGGUAAAGAACGCAACGAGAGCGACAAGCGAUGCCGCGAUUUCAGGACAAGGUGCAGUUGCCGAUGAAAGUAAUACGACACUUCUCGGCAGUAUGGAUAGCACGAUGGCUCCGGGGUCUACAUCUAGCACCGCUUCCUCGAGCCGGACGAGUGGGCAGUAUGCUAAUUCCAACGUGUCCAACCAACCUUCUAGCUCUAACCCGUUUGCGGUUGCUGCAACGGGGGCGGCUAACAGCUACAGUAAUGUAGGAGGACCAGAACCACCAGCGCGCCCGAGCACCGGGGGCAGCAAGAUCGCCCUGGACAGUGUUUCUAAACAAGGCCGGACCACUUAUUUUGCCCCAGUAUCGUCAUCAUCAUCGACAACCCGCCCCGCCUAUCAGGCGGAAAUGUCGAUGUCGCCGCGAUUUGGCUCCGUCGAUGAGGAUGAAGAGGAAGAUAUCGACAUGGUGAAAAUAUCAGCUCCCGCACCAGUAAUCGUCCCAAUGAGCAUCGCUCCGGCACCUGUGGUCACCGCGACAACUACUUCAUCUAGUAGGGGAACAAGCAACACAAAUCCGUUUAACGCGCCAGACCGGACCUCCACAGGAGCUUCUUCAUCGGCGACCGCUAGAGAACGAAAUCGGGGGGCGCAGCCCAGGGGAGAAGGCGAAGCGUUCUUUCCGGUACCACAAUCGGGGAAUAGUGCUAAAGAAGGCGAGUCUGUAGAACCUCCCGCGCGUCCUGCUGAAUCCCAAUCCGCACAAAACAACCAGCAGCACGUGCCAGAAACUAGUAGUACAGCUACAGUUCCUCGGCAAUCCCCACCACCCCCCGUAACUUCCAACCAGCCAAUCGGGCGGAAGAAAGCCCCGCGUGCGUUGAAUCAGUUCGACUUUAUGCGCAAAGCGGAAAUGGACAUGCAAACGCGGCCGGCCAACUGGAGACAGGAGAAGAACAAGAUCCUAAUCCCCUUCUCGGAGGUGCAGAAGCACAACAAGAGGUCCGACGCGUGGAUGGUUUUGGGCGUAUCAAGUGCAAAAAUGUCUGGGUCUGGAAACUUGUGAUGCUGGGUGGCGUCUCAUGAUGAGGCCACAAGUGCUGGCUCACCAUGACAAGCUUCUGAGCUUCUAGGUGUUGCCUAUUCUGCAUGACAAACUGCGUUUCUGGAUGAAGUGGAUCGGUUUAGACGCGCGCUAGUAAGUAGUGCUAGUUAAGGUAGAUUAUUACUUAUUUUAGCUUGGGUUAGAUAGUUACAUUUCCCGUCUUGGGGUUUGUAAUGUAGUUGCUCCGCCCUUGUGUUUUCGGGCUUGUUCCGACCUUUUGCAUGAUAUGAUGCUGUCUCGGUCGGUGGCGUUUGCGGUUCCAUCUCUGCUCCCUCGGUUGCGGACGUUUUUGCAUUUGUCCGCUGCGACAGUUCGCCUUGUUUGCGGCUGCUCGCCAUGAACGCAACUACGUUACAUCUUGCCUCACUUUUUAAGAGGGGUUUUUUCGUAGUUGGGACUGUGUCUUAGUAGGAUGAUUUACCGCUUUUUUACUUUUCUUUUCUCCCUUGACGCUAGUGUUUAGGUUUGCAUACAACGUUAUCCCUACCCAGAUAGCAACAAAUGCUCACACCGCAGCCGUCCCAGGAGCCUUUAUUUUGUUGUUGUCUCUCGGUAGUGAUCACUUUGUCCAAACUUAUUCUACCUAGAGUUUGUCGAGUAAGUGGCUACCGUUUUAAGGUUUAGAGAACGACAGGGACGCCCAGCCCUUAGCUUCCCAACAUGACAAACUGCGUUUCUGCAUCACAGAAAAAUGGGGCUCUUGGGUAACGUGCAUGACAGAUUUAAGAGUCAUGCCAGACAAGCACGACAAACAUGCAUUCUUCCAGACCCAGACACUUUUGCAUUUGAUAGGGCGGACACGUGUACGACGUCACGAGCUACAUGGCCUACCAUCCCGGGGGAAAAGGAGAGCUGUUGAGAGGUACUAUAUUGUCAACAUCGUCGUGCAGCAUUACAGAUUUUGCCUACCGUGCAUGCUAUGCAAUACAAAUUGAAACAAAUUUUGUUGCGUCUGCAGCAUACAUAUCUGCAUCACAAAUAUUGUAUAAGCGCAAACACAUAUGAUUUCCAGGUAUCGGCAAGGACGCGACCGACAUCUACAAUCAAGCGCACUCGUGGGUCGCCUACGACACCAUUCUAAAGUCGGAAUUCCUCGGCAAAGUCACCUACAACGCCUUUGACAAUGCGAUGAGUCCGAGUGGAUCUUCACCAGCAGGUCCCGGACGAAUGUCAAACGCGAGCAAUAGUUUGAGCGGCCCGAUUUCUUUGACGGGAGAUAGUAUGGGAGGUCCGAGUCCUCCACUUCCCGGCCGUGGGAGUAACCUUCUCCGCCCGCCGGGUGCGGGUCCGCCGGGUACUAGCGGGAAGAGGCUUUUGUUGCCGCCGAAAUAGCUGUACGAUAGAAUGCCCCACGGCGGAUGUGGAGGUUUUGUUUAACUCGUUGGACAUCACGGACAAUGCUCCUUACUUUGCUGCAGCAUGAUAUAGUGAUAGCGUUCAACACGACGACGAGUACAAAAAUUCAACGUGGUGGACGACAGCGCAGGCUGUAGACUGUCGAUAUCCACCGUUGCAGCUCAAGCGCGUGCGCGAUGCACGUCCUCGCGGACCAUGAGCUGUUCAUCACUCCUGGCUGGUUGGAAAAGAACUCGAAGAUGAGAAGUGCACUCCUGUAGCCCAUCAGUACCCAGCAUAGCACCCCCCCUUUACACGACACAUUUUUUCAAGUUUUUUUUUCGUCGGAAUUAUGCGCACAAACGCGGCAAUUGCCGCUGCCAGAUGAAGGAGAUGCCCCUCACCAAGAGCUACGUGAUAUGAUUUCGUCCCCCAACCUGCUCUAGCUCUACCUGUGUAUGUUUCCCCUGCCCAAGUUUCUGCUCCCAAGCAACAUUAUACGAUUUCUUGUCGAUAAUUCUUGAAGUGAGACGCUGUCCCAAAAACGCGGGGACGUGAAGAAACACGUAUGUUCAGGAUGCUACUUAUCUUCAAUUUCACCAGCACAGAUGCAAAAUGAAAAUUUUCACAAAUAAACGGGAAAAGCACAACGAUGCUGCGUUUCCCCGUAAAGUAGAGGUCUCAGUUGUUCUACCUCUAAUGACGAUCACUUAUUUGUCCUCGCGUUCAUUGUAGAAGUCGUUGACACGACUUCAACAUCGCGGCAAAGAGUAGACAUUUUCUUGCACGGCCGCGUGCGAAGUUUCUCCUUCUCACUUUCUGGGUAGUUUUCCAAAGGUGAAGAUCCCACACACUCGCGGCGUUGUUCUAUGGCCACCGUGCGACUUGCUUCUGGCUGGUAGAAGUUGCGACAGGCGUAGUGCGAGUAGCGAUCAUUGAUGUGAUGGGCGAGCAAACAAGCGCGAUCAUGAUCAUGUAUUGUAGUGAGACAGUAGUUAGGCUUUUUGUGGUAACGGAAGAAGACGAAGUCGAAGUUGUGUCUUUUCUGUGAACAGAUCUAUCAUCAAAAA